AUGUGCUCCUACAACUCCUCAGGUUUCGAUCAGUUCGAUAGCUUAGAUAAGCAUACCCAAUGGGGAAUCGACUUCUUGGAAAGAUAUGCCAAGUUUGUUAAAGAGAGAAUCGAAAUUGAACAGAACUAUGCAAAACAAUUGAGAAAUCUGGUUAAGAAGUACUGUCCCAAACGCUCCUCCAAAGAUGAAGAACCAAGGUUUACGUCAUGUAUCGCCUUUUUUAACAUCCUUAAUGAGUUAAACGACUAUGCAGGACAGCGAGAGGUAGUAGCAGAAGAAAUGGCACACAGAGUAUAUGGGGAGUUAAUGAGAUAUGCCCAUGAUCUGAAAACAGAAAGGAAAAUGCAUCUCCAAGAAGGACGAAAAGCUCAACAAUACCUUGACAUGUGUUGGAAACAGAUGGAUAAUAGUAAAAAGAAAUUUGAAAGAGAAUGUAGAGAAGCCGAGAAAGCACAGCAGAGUUAUGAAAGAUUGGAUAAUGAUACUAAUGCGACCAAGGCAGAUGUUGAAAAGGCCAAACAGCAGUUGAACCUUCGUACACACAUGGCUGAUGAGAAUAAAAAUGAAUAUGCUGCACAGCUGCAAAAUUUUAAUGGAGAACAGCACAAACAUUUUUAUGUGGUGAUUCCUCAGAUUUACAAGCAACUACAAGAAAUGGAUGAACGAAGGACAAUUAAACUCAGUGAAUGUUACAGAGGGUUUGCAGACUCAGAACGCAAAGUUAUUCCUAUCAUCUCAAAAUGUUUAGAAGGAAUGAUUCUUGCAGCAAAAUCAGUUGAUGAAAGAAGAGAUUCUCAAAUGGUAGUAGAUUCCUUCAAGUCUGGCUUUGAACCUCCAGGAGACUUUCCAUUUGAAGAUUACAGUCAGCAUAUUUACAGAACCAUUUCUGAUGGGACCAUCAGUGCAUCCAAACAGGAGAGUGGCAAGAUGGAUUCCAAAUCCACAGUAGGGAAGGCCAAGGGCAAACUCUGGCUCUUUGGAAAGAAGCCUAAGGGCCCAGCAUUAGAAGAUUUCAGCCAUUUGCCACCAGAGCAGAGGCGUAAGAAGUUACAGCAGCGCAUUGAUGAGCUUAACCGAGGGCUGCAGAAAGAAGCAGACCAAAAAGAAGCACUCAACAAAAUGAAGGAUGUGUAUGAGAAAAAUCCACAAAUGGGGGAUCCAGGAAGUCUGCAGCCUAAAUUAGCAGAGACCAUGAAUAACAUUGACCGCUUACGAAUGGAAAUCCACAAGAAUGAGGCAUGGCUGUCUGAAGUUGAAGGCAAAGCAGGUGUGAGAGGGGACAGGAGACACAGCAGUGACAUCAAUCAUCUUGUGACACAGGGCCGAGAAAGUCCUGAGGGAAGUUACACUGAUGAUGCAAACCAAGAAGUUCGUGGGCCACCCCAACAACAUGGUCACCACAGUGAGUUUGAUGAUGAGUUUGAAGAUGAUGAUCCCCUGCCUGCUAUCGGACACUGCAAAGCUAUCUACCCUUUUGAUGGACAUAAUGAAGGUACUCUGGCAAUGAAAGAAGGUGAAGUUCUGUACAUUAUUGAGGAGGACAAAGGUGAUGGAUGGACAAGAGCCCGGAGACAGAACGGUGAAGAAGGCUACGUUCCCACAACAUACAUAGAUGUAACUCUAGAGAAAAACAGUAAAGGUUCCUGAAGAGGGUUUCUGAGGAAAUGGGCAAGAUGUUGAAGGAGGUUACAUGCAGCUGCUUUGGGGGAGGGUAUUAGAGUUGUCAGGCUGAAAGAGAGUGAGAGAAGCAAGUUGCAUGAAUGCAUGCAGAUUUUUUUUACUAACUUCAUUAGCAUUUCCAUACAUUAAAAAGUCAUUCUAGUACCAGUCCUUAAAUUCCUAGUCUGCAGUUGUUCACAUGGAAGAAGGAAAAGAAAAGCCAGUAAUGGCUAACCUCUUUAUUUCAUAUACUGAUUCCAAAUAAGAAAGAAUGCAGAGCUGUCUUAGUUUGUCUUGUUUGGGGCUGUCCAGUAGGACUGUCUUCAUCCAGCUCUGUUUAAUUGGCUUCUAGACUUGUCGCCUGUUAGACCCCUUGCCGUUUGUCAGUGUCUGCCUGCACCACCUCUGUGCUUGCUUAACAUCCUGUUGCAUGUCUAGAGUGAUCUGGGCUUAGAGUUUUCAGGCAUGUCUCUGUAAUCCCUGUUCUUGUCGAAGCUUCUGUUUCAUUUUGCAUUUGUAGUGCAAAUCACUGUGUCAGACAUCUCAGCACUAAUGUUUCCAUCUUAGUAUUUGUGUAUGCUGCUAAAACUUCCCCACUGCAAACAUUCCAGUUUUGACAUGAAGACAUAGUCUGUGAACCUGAAGUAUUUAUGAUAAGAAAAAGAAAACAUCUCUGCUCUAGCCUACAGCCCAGUUAAAGACUCUGUGAAAUGUGACACAUCUUCAGCACCUCAGUCUGGGAGAAUCUGGUCAGCACUGAAGUCCUGGCAUAAUAACACCGAAGGGACUCUUGUCAAAAGUCAGCUGCUUCCAUUCAAAUGCUGCCUUAAAAAUCGAGUGCCUAAAUCUCUUGAUUGCCAACACUACCACUACAGUAUCCCACAAAGGGCUUUGUGUGCCAGCUCAGUGCUCCGCCUCUAACUGUGGCACCUCCACAGCUGUGAUGUAGCCUCGGUAGGUGGCUUCUAGAGCUCCACCAUGUGCAGUGGUGCAUCCUCGAAUUCGUGGCUCAGACUAAAGACCUGUCUGAGUCCAUUUUACUUUCAUCGGUGUAUUUAUGAGAAGUUUGAUGAACCUUCCCCCUUCAUCUUUUAACGGGGUGGUGACGAUCUCCUUGAUUAUUUUAAUGAUAGUCUGUUUCCAAGUGACGCUUUUGUUUGAACCAGAUUAAAUUUAGUGAAACUUUGUAAAGAUCUAUGUGCACUUUUACUUGUAAAAUGGGGAUUUCUGUGUGUUUAUACUUGUAAAUACGAUGGUCGUUAGUGCCCUCAUUGCUCAUGUGUCCUGCCCCACACUUGUGAUUCUGUUAAUGACUUGUAUUUGAACUAAUUUCUUAGUGGACUUGUAACAGGGAGGUGGGGUGGGGGGGUUAUUUGUACCACUGAAGCUCCAUUAAUUUGGUUCUUUACUGUUUUGAGGGGAGAAAGAGAAUGUGAAAUGUUCUGUGUAUUAUUGGAUUUCAAGCAAUAUUUUAGAAACCGUGUGACUGCUUUAAUAAUUUUUUCCAAUGCUAUUUGAAUCAUACUCCCAGUUAUGCUAAAGCUGAAUGACAAUUGUGUGAACAUUAAUGCCUUCAUAAGAUCAAGUACACCACUGUUAUGCAGCUGACAUAUAGUAUAUUACCUUUGAGGCUAGUAAACUAUACAGUUUUAGAUAUUAAAUCUCGUACAGGGUUAUUUAUAUAAUGUGACAUUAUUCUAUACUGACAGACUACACAAAGUAGUUUUUAAAAGUCGUGCUAUUUUUAUUUCAGAAGUUAGCAAUGAGAAGGAAAUGUGACCUGACUGUGUUUGUCUUCUGUACAAAGACUGAAGUGCUUAUGUUUUUCUGACUAACAAUCACAGAGGGCAAAGUUCAAAGCUUUCUUGUAAAGACUGUUCCUUUCCAGCUACUGUGUGUUUUUCUAAAGCUGGCGUUUGCUUCCAUAGUAGACACGUUCCUUCAUGUGGAGUAGUGCAACCCGCACAUGGGUUAUAACAUUUGAAAAGACACUUGUACUUGCACAGUUUUUAAGUCAUUCUUAAAUCAUUCUUAAACUUUGAACAUGUGAGCUGUCUAAAAGAAAUCUCUUAAUUUCGCAGUAAUUUCCACUUUGUGCACAUAUUGAUUUCUUAAUGGUAAAAAGCCUUGUUUAUGGUAGUGUUCUCUGUUGAGAAUAUUUUCAUGGAAUAAAGCAAUCUUUUCAUGGUCA